AUGCAUUUAAAGGAAGAAAAGCUGGAGAAGAAACCAGGAGAAGCAAAAGGAGAAGAAGCUUAUGAGUUACGUCCGCGGGAAAGCAAUAACAAGCCACGAGAAAGCAAUAACAGAGACCGGAAGCAUGAACAGAGACGGGAAAGCAAGAACAGAGACCGGAAAGCAAGAACAGAGACGGGAAAGCAAGAACAGAGACGGGAAAGCAAGAACAGAGACGGGAAAGCAAGAACAGAGACGGGAAAGCAAGAACAGAGACGGGAAAGCAAGAACAGAGACGAGAAAGCAAGAACAGAGAUCGGAAAGCAAGAACAGAGACGGAAAGCAAGAACAGAGACGGGAAAGCAAGAACAGAGACGGGAAAGCAAGAACAGAGACGGGAAAGCAAGAACAGAGACGGGAAAGCAAGAACAGAGACGGGAAAGCAAGAACAGAGAUCGGAAAGCAAGAACAGAGACAGAGAAAGCAAGAACAGAGACGGAAAGCAAGAACAGAGAGGAAGCAAGAACAGAGACGGGAAAGCAAGAACAGAGAACAGAGACGGAAAGCAAACAGAGACGGAAAGCAAGAACAGAGACCGGAAAGCAAGAACAGAGAUCGGAAAGCAAGAACAGAGAUGGGACGGGAAAGCAAGAACAGAGACGGAAAGCAAGAACAGAGACGGGAAAGCAAGAACAGAGACGGGAAAGCAAGAACAGAGACCGGAAAGCAAGAACAGAGACGGGAAAGCAAGAACAGAGACGGGAAAGCAAGAACAGAGACCGGAAAGCAAGAACAGAGACGGGAAAGCAAGAACAGAGACGGGAAAGCAAGAACAGAGAUGGGAAAGCAAGAACAGAGACGGGAAAGCAAGAACAGAGACCGGAAAGCAAGAACAGAGACGCGAAAGCAAGAACAGUGACCGGAAAGCAAGAACAGAGACGGGAAACCUCCAACGUUGUUGUUUGUCCAAUGUCUGGUGUUGGUGUAGUGAUACUAGAUCCCAGGAAGGAACUGUUGACCUUCAACCCAUGUUGCAGUCAUGAAGUCCAUAAAGGCAAGGAUCUUGGGCCCCGCAGGACUGUCGGCUAUGACCUGAUGGUUUGA